GGCAUUGUGGGAAGCAGCCAUGGUCUGAGGCGGGCGCCUCACCUGUCACCCGCGCCGGCUCCUGCGCUCGGCUUUCGCCCUCGUGUCCACUGCUCUCGCCACUCGCCGGGCGGGGGCGGCGACGGCCCGGCCACCAUGAUACAUUUCAUAUUGCUCUUCAGUCGACAAGGGAAAUUACGGCUGCAGAAAUGGUACACUACUCUCCCUGACAAAGAAAGGAAAAAGAUCACCCGGGAAAUUGUACAGAUCAUUCUCUCUCGUGGCCAGAGGACAAGCAGUUUUAUUGACUGGAAGGAGCUAAAACUUGUUUAUAAAAGGUAUGCUAGUUUAUAUUUUUGCUGUGCAGUAGAAAAUCAGGACAAUGAGCUCUUGACACUUGAGAUUGUGCAUCGUUAUGUGGAGUUGCUGGACAAAUACUUUGGAAAUGUCUGCGAGCUGGAUAUUAUCUUUAAUUUUGAAAAGGCUUAUUUUAUCCUGGAUGAGUUUAUCAUCGGUGGAGAAGUUCAGGAAACGUCCAAGAAAUCUGCUGUCAAAGCCAUUGAAGAUUCUGAUAUGUUACAGGAGACAAUGGAAGAAUACAUGAACAAGCCUACGUUUUAACUGUGUAUCUACUUGAAGACUCGUAGUGCUGCGUGUUGUGAACCUGUCAAUAAGCAGCGGCUUACGUCCAGUUUUUUGACAGAGCCUCUGGCACCAUGCCAACAAUGACUUAAAAGGGAUCUUUGUUAAUGAGCAAAAAUUAAAGUUGUUUAACAAUAUAUUUAUCAUUAUUACAUGGCUGUAUUAUACUGUAUAUGACUGUGCAUUGUAGCUCUAGAUGUUAAAAUAACUGCUUCAUAACUCAAUAAAUUGAGUAUUUGCAAUAUUUUAACUCGUAAUAUUUUUAAGCUAACUUAAAUAAAUUUGUGGCAAUGUGUUUUUGUUGCAUUGGAAUCCUCUACUGACAGGCUGAAAACUGUAUUGCAAUAAUCCAUGAUUUUGAAUGUAAAGUAUAUCUUGUAUCAAUAAUACUUUUUCUAAAUGUUUAGCUUUUUAAAUUGUAUAAUAAUUCAAAAUUAUGUUAAUAGUUCAGAGUUCAUACAUAAUGCUAGACAUUUUUAAUACUUAAUAAUACUGUAAUUUCAGUCCAGGUACAAUGUAUCUGAUUUUAAUGUCCUGAAUUCAUUUAUUUUUUUCAGGAUUGGAAUUAAGAAAAAUAACCAAAGAUAGGAUAGGACUUAAGUGUUUUUAAUACCUUGGAAGCCAGUAUUUAGGCUGAGUUUUUAAUUUUGCCUUUGAAUUGAAUAUCAAGGGCAUUCCAAUAAGAUUGCGUUUUCAACAAACUCUAGGUAUUUAUUAAGGUUUUGAGACAUCUGGAGAUGCAGUGUCUAUGACUUCCCUUAUUGUAAAAAUAGUAUAAUAAAGAUUCAUAACAGUAGCAAUAAUUAUUAUUACUACUACUAUUAAUAAUCUUUAUGUUUCAAGCACUCUUAGUUGCUGGAGAGAUUUUGUUUCAAAUGUGUUUUAAUGUAUAUCUAAUAUAUUUGAAGACAUUGUUUAUUAAGCUUACUUAGAAUGUUUAACAUUAUUUCAGCCUUUAUGAUGGAUGCCUUCUUCCUUUUUUCUUUCCUCACUCUCCCAAAGGAAAUAUUUGCUGCUGACCAUUGUUAUUGUAAAUAUGUCGCAUUUAUGCUUCCUGGAAUGCAGGUUCUGUGUAACCAGGUAGUAAAUGUGAUCAGACAUAUUGUAGGAACUAGCUCAUGAUAUUGUGUCUUAGUGCCCUGCUUUUGAUGGCUUCUCCGUGCAUUUUCGGGGUUAGUUUCGAGUUCUGGUAUCAUUCAUGUUAGACUGGUGAGGGACCUUAGUGCUUUUCCUAAGAGAAGAGUGUGUUUGCUGUUGGAUUCCCUAGGAGACCCCCAUAAGGUAGACCUUAAGAGAACAUGAGGAGAAAAUGUGCCCUUUGAUUCAUCUUCCCAGAUAUAUUUAGGGAAAAAUGGCAAGAUAAGAGCAGAAUAACAGAAGGAAAAAUUGGCCAAUUUCUCAAUAUAACCAUUGCUAAAAGGAAACAAGUCAGAUUAGUAUAUGAAGUCAUUGUUGGGAUUUUAAUAUCUAAUAAUUCCUCAAAUUAAUCAUAUAAUUACAGUUAUGGCAUCGGAUUGGAGUUUAACUAUCAUUUUUGAUCACUUUGUUUACUUUAGAUCUUUAGUUUUGUAGUUUAUUUUUUUUAAUAUGGUAGAACUCUUUAUUUUUAAAAACAAUUUUGUAAAGAUAGACUUUAUGUAAAUCCAUCAAAAAUCUUCUGGUUCUUUUGAAGUUUCCCACCAUUGUUGGGUGAAGAUAUUUAUUGAACCUCAUUCAAAUGUAUGACGCAUAUCCUGGGAAUUCCAUGUUAGAUAGUCUAGUUAUAGACAGGGCUCCUUGGGCUUCAUGUCAGCAUCACACAUAGAAAAAUAAACAUAACAAUGUGGCACACCGGGGUAAAUUUGGGGGAUUUUGGGGACAUUUUACAUGAAAGAUGAAUCUUGGUGAAAAUAAUCAUUAUGUUUUCUUUAUAUUAUAUAAUUAUAAUAAAACUAGCAGAUGAAAGAAAAGAUAAUAAAUAUCGAAUUUGUAUACAACUUCCAAAUAAAAUGUUUUUAAAUUUUUUAAUGAGGAACUUGAGUGUGAUUUUGUGAAUAUAAUUUUUUAAAAAAUCACAUUAUAUGCUAGAAAUUCCUAUCCAUAAUUCCUGGUGAAGUCCC